UCAUUCCAUGAUUUUUAAUUUUGUGAACUAUGUAGAACAGGAUUUUGCCGGAAAAUGGCUGUUUCUAAGAAGGCGGCAGCUCGUCUUGAGACCGAAAUUGAGAAGUAUCGUGUUGAAUGUAAUUGGGAGAAGGUGUCUGAGCUGAUCAAGAACACAAAAUCGAAAACACCCCCGCUUGAGUCCUUGACCCAUCUGGCCUUAGGAGAGAGUGAAUUGGAGCUGUACCUUCUGCAGAAUCCCCCAGGCAAAACGCUUAGCAAGGACGCUAGCAAGCAGCUGGCCAGCGCUAAGCAUCAUCUUCACCUGGCUGCAAAGUCAGGCAGCAAGCAUGUCCUCCGCAUCGAUGCCCAGUUGCUUCUGGCCAAGCUGGAUUACACUCUCGGCGAAUACGGAGAUGUCUUGAAGUUAUUUGACAAGAUCCACCUGGAUGAAAUCUCCAAGUCAUCUAUGUCUUGUACAAGACUUAAAGCAGUCGCUGAGGCCUUUGCUAUCAAAGGAAUGUGCAAGGAGCAGAUGCUGUCAGCCAUUGAAGAUACUUCUCAGAAAGAGAAGUUGAAGGAGGAGAUUGUGCAGUGCUUUGAGAAGGCAGGAGACAUGGCCCUGCUGUAUCUGCAGGAAGUGGACAAAGGUCGUGGAGCAGGCUCAGUACUGUCCUCAACCAGUAGUCUUGGAGGGGGCGGCAACUUGGUGGGCCCAGUGCUAGAAACAGCUGUGCAGAGAGCACCUCUCAUACACAUACAAGAAGGGAAGUUGGACAAAGGUAUUGGUCGCUUCCGACAAAUCCUCAAGGCUGUGGAGGCAAGGACCUCACAAGGCAUCCGCACGACCAUGGCCCGAGAGCUGGCUGAAGUGCUUCUAAGAGGUGUUUGCAAGAACAGAUACACCCCGCCCCCCAUCGAGAAGGAGGUGGAGAAGGAGGAGAAGUCUAGUACGCCGAGUUCUCUGCCUCGCGGGCCAGGUUCUGCCUCCCUGUCUUCACUCAAGCCUGUCAGCUCCAGGAGCUCCUUCAAGCCCAAGAUGUACACCACAGAAAGCCGUCCCAGCCACUGUCCAGAUGAACUCUUAUUCGUUCCUAAGAAUGUUGAAGAAGAAGCACUUUUGCUUUUACUGAUCAGCGAGCUUCAGGUGAAUCGGGAUGUCGUCUUGAGUCGUUCUAAAGAGCAUGCUCAAAGUAGAGAACACUCCUUUCUUCACGCUACUGCCGUAUAUGAUCUGCUUGCCAUUACGUUGUCCAGGAGAGUCCAGUUUAGUAUGCUUGCCGAUUUCUUGGAUGGCACAAUGAAGUUUUCCUACCAGGAGUUUCAUAUGUGGUACCAGUUUGCAUUGGCGCUCAUUAGUGCUGGCAGGCACACCAGGGCAUUAUUAGUGCUGCGAGAGUGUGCCACAAUGCAGCCCGAGAAUGGGCCAGUCUUGCUACAAGCCACCAAGAUAUGCCUUGAGAAACUGAAUAUGAUAAAUGAAGGCAUCGAGUUUGCAGAGAAAGCUGUAGCCUUGGGGGAGGGCAGCCCGUUCAUCGCCAAAAGCUAUCUGUGGCUUGGUGUUGGCUACUCGCUUAAAGCUAAUGAAACCAGCAUACACACAGAGAGGCAGGAGCUACAGAAGAAGGCCCUCAAAGCGUUGGAGAAGUCCAACUCUCUGGAUGCUGGAGACUUCCUGGUCCUUUACCACAUCGCAUGGCAGCUGGCAAUAUCCCGACAGAUUCCAGAGGCUGUCUUGAAGGUUCGCGAGGCUCUCAGACUGAACGGCGAGCAUAUCCCAUCCCUUCACCUGCUGGCCUUGUUGCUGUCGGCCCAGAAGCAGUACAUAGAGGCCUUAGGCCUGAUAGAGGUAGCCUGCAAUCAGUACCCAGACAGUAUGAGUCUCAUGUUCACCAAAGUCAAGCUGGAAGAGUUACAGUCUGGCCCGGAGGAGGCCCUGAUGACCUGCAAGCAGAUGCUGUCGACAUGGAAGGAAACAUAUGAUGCCAUGCAGAGCGAGGAGUCUAGUCGAGGGACAGGACUCCUGGAUGUAGUGAUGAGUGACCGACGGAGCCUGGCCCAGAUGCACCUGUCAGAGUACAGCGACAGAGACUCAGUUUCCAAUGCAGCCAUAUUGGGAGGUACAUGGAAGAGCUCUAUCCACAAUUCCAUUGCCGCAUCCCGCGUCGAGCAUGCCCUCUCUGAGGUGGCGUCCUCUGAAGGUAGCUCCAUCCCUAAGCAGGGACGGUCUCAACAGAUCUGGAUGAUGCAGGCUCACAUCUGGCUGGCCAUUGCUGAGUUGUACCUGAGCCUGGAGAAGCCUAAUGAAGCCAGGGCCUGUGUACAGGAAGCCUCCUUGCUCUUCCCCCUUUCUCAUCACAUCCUUUUUGUCCGCGGCUGCAUCCAUGAGUACAACCAAGACUUUGCUGAGGCCAAGACCUGCUACGACAGUGCACUGGCCAUCAACCCCUCCCACAUCAAGAGCAUGCAGAGCCUGGGGGCGGUGCUGCUGUCCCUGGAACAGUACGAGAUGGCCGAGAAGGUGCUAAGGGAUGCCGUGAAUAUUGACCCCACGGCACACAUGGCCUGGAUUAACCUGGGCAAGGUCCUGGAAGCGCAGGGGGAGUUUGAAUCGGCCAGCGACUGCCUACUGACAGGGCUGCAGCUGGAGUCAACCUGCCCCGUCCAGCCCUUCACCACUGCAGGCAAGCUGGCCUGAAUGAAGCCCAUUCAGUCUCUGUUGGAUUUGGAGUUGUUCGUGGUCAGAGAUAGUUGGUCGGGUCAGACUUUUGACGUGUUCAUAUUAUCGCAGUUAGCAAACCACAGGCCAUUUGUGAAAGUAUAGUGAUGUGAAUGAAAAUUCAUCAUCCGAUGGUUUUGGGGACCAGUGUAUAAAAUCACUGUCAACAGCAAAACCGAGUUUUGAUGAAGGGCUAAUGUGGUUUUGGGACCAGUGUAUAAAUCCACAUCAGCAACAGAACCGAGUUUUCAGAAAGGGCCCAUGUGGCUGCACAACAGUUUUUACCUUAAUAUGUCAACUGUUCUACUCCAUUCAAGUGCUCACUCGAGUCAACAGUUUUAAAUAGCACUGUAUGCAUAUGUAACAUGGAGAGGCAGGAUGACGUUUUUCAGCCAUUCACAAGCACCAGAGAUUAAGUCAAGAAUGUCCUACAGAGCUUUGGCCAUGUGUUCAGCUCUUGCAGCUUGGUCAAGCCAAGUUUAAAGCCAGUUAAGACUCAUCACGCGCGUGGAAACCGAACUUAUAACCUGUUGCACUUUCUUGGUCUUUUGACAGUGCAGUUGUGCCGUAACCCAGCCUUAAUGUUUGUGGCUUUGUGCAGACCCAGCUCUUUUGAGAGGGGAAACAUUAAUGUCUUAUUCUAAGCAAAACAAAACAACCUCUUUUUUAGGAGGUUCGACUGUAUUUGUGCCAGGGGCUGUUUAAAAAUUUUACACGAGACCGGCACCGGAACAAGUUGCCAAAUAGAAGUGACCGCCCACUCUAAAUAUUUAAACUAAAGCACUUCCAUCACUGUCUUCCCUUUGUGCAUAUAUAUAGUGUUGCUUUGAAACAGAGUUGUUUACUUAAAGAAACUGUAGAAUUGAAGUAGUCCUGAACAAGUUUGUCCCGGCUACUAUUCAAGUACUACGCAACAAUAUAAACAAUCGCUUGGAUUCUUCCCGGUUACCACCCUAAGAGGAAAACUUGGUGGUGGUGGAAUGGCUUUCAGUGGAGAGGACGUGGAGUAAUUCUGAACUGGAUAUAUAUUUAAUAAUUAAUGAUCUCAGGAAAAUCAGAGGAUAGGUCAAAGUUAAGAACAAAGACUUGCAUCGAACUGGGAGGAGGGACAAAAUCCUGUGCACAAAUUUGAAAACAGUCGUUUGAGAAAAGCUUUGCAUCAGUUUUGAUUGUAAAAAUAGGAACUGUCAUAUUAUUGUGUCUGCAACCGGAACACAGUUCAGACGUCAUAGGCUUGAAUAAUUCUGCUUCAGUUUAUUUCUUUGUUCAACCAUUGUCAAGUUAAGAAUGAAGGUUAUCGGCAUAAUUUUCGGUUUGUGUGAAUUUACUACACUUGAACCAGGUUUGAAGUGUUAGUUAAACCUCGCUUUUACAUAGCUUGCUUAGGCCUAUGUGUACCAAUCUUCCAUGUAAUAUUUUGAGUGUUUGGUUCGUGACUUCGUCGUGCACGUGCGCGCGCGCACGCAACACUAAUUACAAGCUCCCAUUGGACGAACACUCAAGUUGCGCGUUAACUUGGUUCCAUAUAACUAGUUAUACAGUGGGCGAGGUUUAAAAUAAAAUGACGUCACACUGUUAAACCAGAUUGCGAUUUAAACCCAUGUAUACCUUUGCCUCACUAACUGACCAGCACUGACCAAAAACUGAACAUCAGUGAUUCCUGGAAACUUGUAUUAGUAUACAAAUCACUCUGGCCGUCUAUUCAUUUUGUAUUACAGUGCGUUUAUGUACAUACUUAAACCAUUAUUCGCAGGUUGUGGAUAGACUUUAUAAGAAAAGUUUGAAAGGGCAACUGAUUCUGAAACACAUUUGAUCAGAGCUUGCAAGGAUGAUCUGCAGAAACGAAUUUAUGUAUCUCAAUACUUUGGUGAGACUCGGAGCUUUUUCCCUGGGUUUGCUGUGAUAUUGAGUGUUGAACGUUUACAGAUUUGUGUUUAUAGUGUGUUACAUUUUCGUAAUUUUUUCUCCUCUCCCAAAAUUCUUUAAUUUAACUAAAUAUUUAAUCUACAUCGGGACCUAAUUUUUGUUGUCGAUAAUCAAUCAAUCGGUUACUUUUGUAGUAUUUUUUUUUAAAUACCUGACUGGGUACUACAUUGCUUGCGCGCACGGACACGUUGUCAUUGAAUACCAGGAUUUUUCAUUUCUUUAAUACCUGGUUAUACCGUUUCAUCUAAAUUACUGACACUUGUACUUUAUAAGUUAUAUUUACAGAUUAUGACGAACUAUAAAGAGCAUGCAUUUGUGCCAUAGGCGGUUCUUGUGUUCCUUUAUCUUCACAUGUGCAUGUAGUUUUAUUGUCAGUUCUGUUGCUGUCAAGCCGAACUGUGUACGAGUCUAAGAGUACACCGACUGACAAAGCAACUAACAGUAACUUCCACGAUACUCUGGUGAGGUACUUUUAAUGGAAGGAAGCAUUAGGGAACCUCACUUCAUCUUGAAGUUACACCAGAUCCUCACCAGAGCCCAAACUCAGAUAAGUUUCCUCCGAAUUUGGAUGGGAUAGAUUCAUUGCAUUCUUCUUACACUGUAGUGCAAUCGAUUGUUGGUCAUGUGUCCAAAUGAUAUCUUCCCAGGUGUCGACAAGAAUAUAAUAUCAAAUCAGUGCUCUGAAAUGUGUGAUUGCCGAGCUUUCGGUAACUGAGUACCUUCGUCAGGGCAAGCAGAUUCAGUUCAGGUGUACUGUUUUAGUCACUUCAUUUUUGGUGAGUUUUCGUGCAAUAUAUUUUAAAGGCAAAUGGUAAUUAUUCUAACGAUGAAAUAUCGUGAUAAUAACUUUACCGUUUUGUGUUAUGGAGUUUUCGCAUCAGAAAAAUUAAUAAAGAUAGCAUCUUAUAAAUGGCGGUUAA